CAAAGCAACUGACAAGUAGCUUUGCAAGCAACUUCCUAAAUUAGCUUAUAAAUCAUCACUAGCUUCCUCAGCUAGCUUACAAGUAGCUCUACGAGCAACUUAUCGAAAUAGCUUAUAAAUUACGAUCAACUUCCUGAAGUAACUAACAAAGCAAUCGGCAAGUAGCUUUACGAGCAACUUCCUAAAUUAGCUUAUAAAUCAUCACUAGCUUCCUCAGCUAGCUUACAAAUUGCUCUACGAGCAACUUAUUGAAAUAGCUUAUAAAUUACGAUCAACUUCCUGAAGUAAUUAACAAAGCAAUCGGCAAGUAGCUUUGCGAGCAACUUCCUAAAUUAGCUUAUAGAUUGUCACCACCUUCCUCAACUAGUUCUACGAGCAACUUAUCGAAGUAGCUUAUAAAUUAAGAUCUAACUUUUUCUUGCAAGUAGCUUUGCGAGCAGCUUACAAAUAGCUAUGCAAGCAACUAUUACCUCUGUUCUUCAAGUUAUUCCUACUCCACAAUCUCCAUUGUCACACCAAACUAGCAACAAUACCUUAAGGGGCUUAGAAUCAUGUUCAUCAAUGUCGCAACUCAAACAAUUCCAUGCCCAAAUUGUCAAGCAUGGUCUCUCCUAUGACAAUGACGCAAUGGGUCGAGUUAUUAAGUUCUGUGCAAUAUCCGAAUCGGGCGAUUUGAAUUAUGCCCUCCAAGUGUUUGAUAGAUUGCCUGAACCAGAUCCUUUUAUAUAUAAUACUGUUAUUAGGGGUUUAUUGAAAUCUCAAAUGCUGAGAGAUUCUUUGCUUUUUUACUUGUGUAUGUUGGAACGUUCGGUUUGGCCUAAUAGUUUCACUUUUCCUCCUCUUAUUAGAGUUUGUUGUAUAGACAAUGCUGUGGAAGAAGGUAAACAGAUUCAUGGUCAUGUGGUGAAGUUUGGGUUCGGGUUUGAUCGAUUUUCGCAGAAUAAUUUGAUUCAUAUGUAUGUGAAUUUUCGUUGUUUAGAGGAAGCGAAGAGGGUGUUUGAUAAUAUGUGUGAGAGAGAUGAUGUUUCUUGGACUACAUUGAUUAGUGGUUAUGCUCAAUUGGGGUAUCUUGAUGAAGCUUUUCAAGUGUUUGAUUCGAUUACGGAGAAAAGUUCUGUUAUUUGGAAUGCUAUGAUAUCAGCUUAUGUGCAGAGUAAUCGGUUUCAUGAGGCGUUUGCUUUGUUCGAAAGGAUGGGGUCUGAGGGUGUUGUGGUUGAUAAGUUUCUUGCUGCUAGUAUGUUGUCAGCUUGUACGCGACUUGGAGCGUUGAAGCAAGGUGAGUGGAUAGUUGAACAUGUCAAGAAGAGUGGGAUUGAGUUAGACUCGAAAUUGGGUGCUACGAUUAUUGAUAUGUAUUGCAAAUGUGGCUGCUUAGAUAAGGCUGUUGAGUUCUUUAAAGAGUUGCCACGAAAAGGAAUAUCGUCGUGGAAUUGUAUGAUUGGAGGGUUGGCGAUGCAUGGGAAAGGUGAGGCUGCCAUUGAGGUUUUGAAGGAAAUGGAGAGUGAGAGGGUAGCUCCAGACUACAUUACGUUCGUGAAUCUACUUAGUGCUUGUGCUCAUUCAGGGUUGGUUGAAGAAGGAAAACACUAUUUUCGUUACAUGAAGGAAACGUAUGGCAUUGAACCUGGCAUGGAGCAUUAUGGAUGUUUGGUUGAUUUGCUCGGAAGAGCUGGAUUACUGGUGGAAGCAAGAAGGGUCAUAAAUGAGAUGCCUAUGAGUCCUGAUGUAGGUGUAUUGGGUGCUCUUCUUGGCGCAUGUAGGAUUCACAAGAACAUAGAGCUCGGAGAAAAGAUAGGGAAGCAAGUGAUCGAAUUAGAACCUCAGAACAGUGGUCGAUACGUGUUGCUAGCUAACUUAUAUGCCUAUGCAGGUAGAUGGGAAGAUGUUGCCAGUAUAAGAAAGUUGAUGAAUGACAGGGGAGUGAAAAAGGUCCCUGGCUUCUCCAUUGUUGAAUUAGAAGGCGUUGUUAACGAGUUCAUUGCAGGAGGAAGAACUCAUCCUCAAGCCAAGGAGAUAUAUGCAAAAGUAAACGAAAUGCUGGACCGUAUAAAAUCUGCAGGCUAUUUUCCAGAUUCUGAUGGAAUGCAACAUGAUAUUGAUGAGGAAGAAACAGAGAAUCCUUUGAACUAUCAUAGUGAGAAACUAGCUAUUGCUUUCGGGUUAUUGAAGAGCAAACCUGGGGAAAUUCUUCGAAUCACAAAGAAUUUACGCGUUUGCAAGGACUGUCAUCAAGCAAGUAAGUUCAUCUCAAAGGUUUAUGAUCGCGAAAUCAUCGUUAGAGAUAGGAAUAGGUUUCAUCAUUUUAAAGGUGGAGAAUGUUCUUGUAAAGACUACUGGUAAAGUUUUGGUGGGAGAAGAAAGUACAGUCAACAACUCUUUAUAACAACGUCGUUUGUCUGGACAUCUUUGGCUGCUAUAGCGACAAUAACAUAACAUGAAAUAUCACUCCACACU